CGCUUCCAUUUAAGGACGCCUGCCUCAGGAGCUCUGGGGACCAGCGCCUCAGGAGUGCAGCAGUAGCUGAGUGGGUGUCACCAUGUCUUUGCAGGCUGAUUUUGAUAGGAUCACAAAAGAUGUGAGGAAGCUGAAAACAAGACCAGAUGAUGAAGAACUGAAAGAACUCUAUGGGAUCUACAAACAAUCUAUAGUUGGAGACAUUAAUAUUGAGUGUCCAGGAAUGUUAGAUUUAAAAGGCAAGGCGAAAUGGGAAGCGUGGAACUUCCAAAAAGGGCAGUCGAAGGAAGAUGCCAUGAGUGCCUAUAUAUCUAAAGCAAAAGAGCUGAUAGAAAAAUAUGGAAUUUAAAGUUCAGCUAUGAGAAGGUUUUUCUUUUGAGGUCUUCAUUAUGCUAUCAUGUCCUAUAUCUAGGGAAGAAAUGCACUGCUAACUCUACAUGUCACGAGUAUGUUUGAUAUUAACAUGAAUUGAAACCCUUAAUUAGAGGUAUGCUGAAACUACUUAAUGAAGUUUUACUUGCUAAAACCAGAUGAUUUUAAAAGUCCUUUUUUUAAAAAAAGUAUUGCUUUGGUUGUAUGUCACACAAACAUUAACAAUAUUUUUUGGCAUAUCUGUUUUCCUAAACUGAG